CUCUGCGUAUGACGUAGGCAAUGCUUCAGCCAAUGGUGAAGAGCCUCAUUUGCUCUGCGUAUGACGUAGCCUACUGAUAGCCCACUAGCUGGUUUGCUAACAAGAAAGAAGAUGGAUUCUCCCAUACUGGAACCAUCCCUGUACACUGUCAAAGCAGUACUGAUUCUGGACAAUGAUGGGGACAGACUCUACGCCAAGUAUUAUGAUGACACAUACCCAACAGUAAAGGAGCAGAAGGCGUUUGAGAAGAACAUAUUCAACAAAACACACAGGACAGACAGUGAGAUAGCAUUACUGGAGGGCCUCACUGUUGUGUACAAAAGCAACAUAGACCUCUUCUUUUAUGUGAUUGGAAGUUCCCAUGAAAAUGAGCUUAUGCUCAUGGCUGUUCUUAAUUGCCUCUUUGAUUCACUCAGUCAGAUGUUGAGGAAAAAUGUUGAAAGGAGGGCUCUGCUGGAGAACAUGGAGGGGCUUUUCCUGGCCGUGGAUGAGAUUGUAGAUGGAGGGGUGAUCCUGGAGAGUGACCCACAACAAGUAGUGCACCGUGUUGCUCUUAGAGGGGAUGACGUGCCUUUGACGGAGCAGACAGUCACACAGGUUCUUCAGUCGGCCAAAGAACAGAUCAAGUGGUCACUUCUACGAUAGUCACCUCUGCAUCAGACUACCAGUGGAUCAUGGCACUGAUCCACAUACUCCUUUUCCUCUCAUUUCUACUCCCUAAAUCAGAGCUGUGAGGAGUUCCACUGGGUGAUCCAGUCACACUCCCAGGACUGCUAAUACUUGACCUUGUUUGAUUUUCAUAUUUUCUCCUCAUUCUUUUUGCACAGGCUUGCAUUAUGUGACUUAACCAACAUGAGGAUAAGAUUUGUUGUACAUUCCAAUACCAGGGCUGGUCUGGCCUGCUUUGUUACAGAACCUGGGUGCUAGUAAAACCAGCGUGUCUGUCCAUAAAAUAAAGAUAAUCCUCAUUAUAGCCUGCGGGAACAUUCCAUGUGUCUCCUUAAACAAGAAUUUGAUCCACACCCUGUCAUUUCCUUCAGAUUACUGUACAAAGUAUUGAGCCACUGUUUCUAUCAAUCAAUCAAUUAACAUGGAUAUUAUGAUCAAAAAGUGUGCAACUAGUACUGAACUCAUGUCCCUGACGACAGAGGUAUAGUGUGUCGUGGGAUGUUCUAUCAGCUGAUACUUUAAUAAAUGUUUGUUGACACUGGCAUGUGAAAA